AAUUUACUGUCAAAGAAUUUUCAUUUUGUCAAACGUCAAAAAGUAUCGUGCGCGAAGUGCGGGUACCGAACAUUUUAUUACAGAAUAAAGCAUUUUUUUACUUCUUCAAUAUCUCAUAUUUUAACAAAACUAAGUUAGAAGCAGCUGAUUAUUAAAAAUGGAAAUCAGAAAGUUAACGGAUUUGCUUCGGGCAACUAUAGAUCCUAAUCAACGACAGCAAGCGGAGGCUCAAUUAGAUCAGAUACAUAAGAUAAUUGGUUUUGCUCCAUCUCUUCUUCAAGUCAUCAUGAUGUCUGAUUGUGACAUGCCAGUCCGACAAGCCGGUGCUAUUUAUUUAAAAAACCUCAUAUCAACUAAUUGGCAAGACAGAGAAACAGAAGCUGGACAGCCUAUGCCGUUUGCUUUACAUGAACAGGAUAGAGCACUUAUAAGAGACAGCAUAGUUGAUGCAGUGGUACACGCACCUGAAUUAAUUAGAACUCAAUUAUGUACAUGUGUAAAUCACAUGGUUAAACAUGAUUUUCCAGGGAGAUGGACCCAAAUAGUUGAUAAAAUCAGUGUUUAUCUAUCAAAUCCAGAUCCUAAUGGUUGGCACGGAGCUUUUCUGUGUCUCUAUCAAUUAGUAAAAAAUUUCGAAUAUAAAAAAGCAGAAGAAAGAGGACCUCUACAUGAAGCUAUGAACCUUUUAUUACCACAAUUAUACCAGUUGGAAGUUAGAUUAUUAUCAGAUCCUUCUGAACAGUCUGUACUGUUGCAGAAAGAAGGGUUGAAAAUAUAUUUUGCAUUAACGCAAUAUAUUUUACCACUAGAUUUAAUUAGUCGAGAUGCUUUUGCUCAGUGGAUGGAAGUAUGUAGACAGGUUGUAGAACGACCCGUACCACCAGCAGCACUUCAACCAGAUGAAGAUGAACGACCUGAUUUACCUUGGUGGAAGUGCAAAAAAUGGGCACUUCAUAUCCUUUAUAGAAUGUUUGAGAGAUACGGAUCGCCAGGACAUGUUACUAAAGAAUAUAACGAAUUUGCAGAAUGGUAUUUGCAAACUUUCAGUGGUGGUAUCCUUGAAGUUUUACUGAGAGUCCUUGAUGGUUUUCGUGGAGGCAAUUGGGUACCACCAAGGGUACUGCAACAGACAUUAAACUAUCUCAAUCAAGCUGUAUCUCACGCCCACACAUGGAAAAUACUCAAGCCGCAUAUGCCUGCUAUUAUACAAGACGUUUUAUUCCCACUCAUGAGUUAUUCAGCAGAAGAUCAUGAAUUAUGGACAGUUGAUCCUCAUGAAUACAUCAGAGUUAAAUUUGAUGUAUUUGAAGAUUUCGUAUCUCCAGUAACAGCAGCUCAAUCAUUGUUACAUUCAUCUUGUAAGAAACGCAAAGAAAUGUUACAAAAGACCAUGGUAAUGCUUACUACCAUACUUACAAAUACCGCUACUGAACCGGCACAAAAAGAUGGUGCUUUGCACAUGGUCGGAUCUCUGGCUGAUAUAUUCUUACGGAAGAAAAUGUAUAGAGAUCAGUUGGACCAGCUGUUUAUAAAAUACGUUUUUCCGGAAUUCAGCAGUGACAGAGGUCAUAUGAGAGCUCGAGCAUGUUGGGUAUUACACUAUUUUGCCGAGUUUACUUUUAAACAAGAAAAUGUAUUGAUGGAAGCUAUUAAUCUAACAGUUCGAGCUCUACUCUUAGAUAAAGAUUUACCGGUUAAAGUUGAAGCAGCAAUAGCUUUACAAUCGUUACUCAAUUACCAAGAAAGAGCACAUAAAUAUAUAGAACCACAAGUUAAACAAAUUGCUUUAGAAUUACUGACAAUUAUCAGGGAAACUGAAAACGAAGAUGUUACGGGGGUAAUGCAGAAAUUAGUAUGUGCCUAUACUCAACAAUUAAUACCUAUAGCGGUAGAAAUAUGUCAACACCUAGCUACUACAUUUAACCAAGUUUUGGAUACGGAUGAGGGAUCUGACGAAAAAGCCAUAACAGCUAUGGGCUUACUUAAUACUAUCGAAACGCUUUUAACUGUGAUGGAUGAACACCCUGAUGUUCUUAGAUUAUUAGAACCAACCGUUCUUCAAGUAAUUGCGAAUGUAUUACAAAAUGAAGUUCAAGAAUUUUAUGAAGAAGUUUUAGCUUUGAUAUAUGAUUUGACAAGUAAACACGUGUCACCAGAUAUGUGGAAAGUAUUUGAAUUACUUUAUCAGGUUUUUAUGAAAAAUGGCAUCGAUCACUUCACAGACAUGAUGCCAGCUCUCCAUAAUUACAUAACGAUCGAUACGAAUGCAUUCUUAUCCGACGAACAACGCCUCUUAGCAAUUUACAAUAUGUGUAAAGAAAUACUCACGAAAGAUUCCGGAGAAGAUCCUGAAUCUCACGCCGCUAAACUUUUAGAAGUUAUAUUAUUACAAUGCCGCAAGAAAAUCGACCAGGCAGCACCUAUGCUGAUAGAAUUGGCAGCUGCGAGAUUAUUAAGAGAAGUGAAAACCAGCGAAUUGAGGACCAUGUGCUUGCAAGUACUCAUCGCCGCUUUAUAUUAUGAUCCACAGUUGCUGUUUUCCGUAUUAUCUAAAAUGCCCGAUUUUACAAAUCACUUCAUCAAGCAAUGGUUACACGAUACCGACUGUUUCUUAGGUAUCCACGAUAGAAAAUUGUGUAUAUUGGGAUUGUGUACAUUAAUUUCCAUGCCCAAUAAACCACCAGUAUUGUUAGAAGUAGCUCCAAAAAUAGUGCCAUCAUUAAUUCUAUUAUUUGAGGGCCUAAAAAGAGCUUAUGCAGCGAAAGCAGCAGAAGCUGCAGAAGAAGAAGAGAGUGAAAGCUCCGAAGGAGAGAUUGAAGACAUACUUAGUUCAGAUGAAGAUGAAAUCGACGAUCAGGGUAAUGACUAUUUAGAAAAUUUAUCUAAUAGGACAACUAAUGUGUUGACAGCACAAGGCAUGAACGUAAGUGCUACAAUUAAUGAUAUCAAUGAUACAUCUGAUGAUGAAGAUUCCAAUUUCGAACCAAACGAAGAAACUGUACUUGAAUCAUACACAACACCAUUAGAUGAAGAAGACUGUGACAUAGAUGAAUAUCAGGCAUUUAAACAAAUUAUGGCAGGACUACAAAGUCAAGACCCCGAAUGGUAUAAUGCUUUAACAAAUAAUUUAAAUGAAACUCAAUUGAAAACUUUAAGCGAAGUUUGUGUUUUAGCGGAGCAAAGAGCUGCGGCUAGGGAAAGUAAAAGAAUAGAACAACAAGGAGGUGAGUCAUUGCGAAUAUAUAAUUUUCAAAAUUUAUUUAACGCAAUUGUUUAUUGCAGGGUAUAUCUUCACUCAACAAGCAGUACCAACAUCUUUCAAAUUUGGUGAUGGAAACUCAUGAAUAAUUUUGUUGCUUUUUAUUGUAACCUUUCUGUGACUGAAUGUAAAAUUGACUCUAAUGACCAGUAAGGUAGUUAUUUGUACAGUUUUCGAUUAUAUAAAAAAAUCUUUUUCAUUUUUUGAUUAAGUGCCUUUUUAUUAGAAAUUAAGUACAUAAUUUUGAAAUUGAUAGCUCGUACUGCAUGUUUGAGCGUAAUUGCUUUUUUUUUGUUUUUGUACAUAAUUUUUUAAUCAAUCAAAUCAUCUUACAUAUUGAAUUUCAAUUGUUUUGAACAGAUUAUUUAUCUUUUUAUAAAAAUGGUAGUUGAAUCAUUGUUUAUAAAUUAUUGCAUUUUAAUAAAUGUCUUGCUUUCAGGAUGAA